AUCUCCACAGUCAGAGCAGGCUGCAGGGACGUCUGGGUUGGGAUACUGCUGUGUCCCCUUUGGGAAAUUGGUGUAGGCCACUUCAGUGCUCUCAGAUCUUCUGCCUCCACUCAUUUCUGCAUUGUCAUGGUUGUUCUGCCUCCUUGCUUCCUCUCUGGCACCUUCCUCGACCACGUCUCCUCCCCUGGAGAUAUAAGUGGAAAGGACGGAGCACAGGAUGACCCUUGUCCCCAGAAUGGUUCAGAGGACAGAACCCAGGCGACCUUCGCAGCCUCUGCUUAUAGGCCAAGCUAGGUUCUUGUGCUCUUCAGGUGGAGAGGUCUCCAGAGAGCAGCCUAGGCUUGCUGAUAUUCUUGACUAUCAGCAGCAGGCACCCUCCCACUCCUUGGUCCCUGGUGAGACCCACCAACAGCAGUGGUGCCCCCUAGAGGAGAGGCUGGAACGGCUGGAGGCAGAGGUGACUGACCUCAGAAAGCAGAACAGGGAGCUGCAAGCCAGAGUCAUGCAGCUGGAGUCCUGCGAGUGCUGCGCCAUCUCCCCCCAGUGUUGGGGCCCAGGUUGCACCUGUCCUGAAGGAGCUCGCUGGGAGCCUGAUGCCUGCACGGCCUGCGUGUGCCGUGAUGGGACCACACACUGUGGCCCCCAGCCCAACCUGCCCCACUGCCGUGGCUGCAGCCACAAUGGUCAGUCUUAUGGUCAUGGGGAGACCUUCUCUCCAGAUGCCUGUACCACCUGCCACUGUCUGGCAGGAGCUGUGCAGUGCCAGGGGCCUUCAUGUUCUGAGCUCAACUGUCUGGAGAGCUUCACCCCACCUGGAGAAUGUUGCCCCAUCUGCCGGCCAGGCUGUGAGUACGAAGGGCAGCUCCACCCAGAAGGGACCAGCUUCUUGUCCAGUUCCAACCCAUGUCUCCUGUGCUCCUGCCUGAGGAGCCUGGUUCGAUGUGUGCCUGUGAAGUGCCAGCCAAGCCCCUGCCUCAAUCCAGUCCUAAGGCCUGGACACUGCUGCCCAAUCUGCCUAGCCCCAGGCUGCACAGAAGGUAACUCUCAGAGGGACCAUGGCCAAGAGUGGACCACUCCUGGAGACCCCUGCCGCAUCUGCCAGUGCCUGGAGGGCCGCAUUCAGUGCCGCCAGCGGGAGUGUGCCAGCCUGUGCCCAUACCCUGCCAGGCCCCUUCCAGGCACCUGCUGCCCAGUGUGUGAUGGCUGUUUCCUAAAUGGGCGAGAGCACAGCAGUGGGGAGCCCGUGGCCUCCCAGGACCCCUGCUCCAGCUGCCGCUGUACCAAUGGGAGUGUCCAGUGUGAGCCUCUGCCCUGCCCACCUGCACCCUGCAGAUAUCCAGGCAGGAUUCCUGGGCAAUGCUGCCCUGUCUGUGAUGGCUGUAAAUACCAAGGACAUGAAUAUCGGAGCCAGGAGACCUUCACCCUCCAAGAGAAUGGCCACUGCCUUCGGUGUGUCUGCCAGGCUGGUGAAGUAUCCUGUGAAGAACAGGACUGCCCUGUCACCCCCUGUGUCCACUCUGCCUCAGGCCCCCAGCUCUGCUCAGCCUGUGUGCUCAAUGGUGAGGAGUUUGCUGAGGGCAUCCAGUGGGAGCCAGAUGACCAGCCCUGUACUUCCUGUUCCUGCCAAGACGGAGUGCCCGUGUGCAUGGCUGUGCUUUGCUCCCCAGUACCCUGCCAACAUCCUACCCAGCCAUCCGGUGCCUGCUGCCCAAGCUGCGAAAGCUGCACCUACCAUGGCCUGGUGUAUGCUAAUGGGCAGAACUUCACAGACGUGGACAGUCCUUGUCAGACCUGCUCCUGUGAGGAUGGGACUGUGAGGUGUUCAUUGAUCACCUGUCCUUCCACAACCUGUGCCAAGCCCCAGAAUGGACCAGGCCAGUGCUGUCCCAAGUGCCCAGACUGCGUCCUGGAGGCACAAGUGUUUGUAGAUGGGGAGCGCUUCCCUCAUCCAAGAGACCCCUGCCAGGAGUGCCUGUGUCAGGAAGGCCAAGCUCACUGCCAGGUCCGUGCCUGUCCCAGCGCCCCCUGCCGUCACCCACUGCCAGGCACCUGCUGCAGGAAUGACUGCAAAGGCUGUGCCUUUGGUGGGAAAGAGUACCCCAACGGAGCGGACUUCCCACAUCCCACUGAUCAGUGUCGCCUGUGUCGCUGUCUGAACGGCAAUGUACAGUGUCUGGCGCAUCGAUGUCCACCAUUGUCCUGUCCACAGCCAGCCCUCACUCCGGGUGACUGCUGCCCGCAGUGCCCAGAUGCCCCUGCUGACUGCCCACAGUCAGGGAAUACAGUCCUCGUCCACCACCAGGAGCACUUUUUCCAACCCGGAAACCCCUGCAGCCGCUGCCUCUGUCUGGACGGCUCGGUGUCCUGCCAGCGGCUGCCCUGCCCUCCUGCGCCCUGCGCCCACCCGCGCCAGGGUGCCUGUUGCCCUUCUUGUGAUGGCUGCCUGUAUCAGGGGAAGGAGUUUGCCAGUGGGGAGCGUUUUCCAUCACCGAGUGUCGCGUGCCACGUGUGCCUCUGCUGGGAGGGCAGCGUCAAGUGCGAGCCCAGGGCUUGUGCCCCUGCACAGUGCCCCUUUCCUGCCCUGGAAGACUGCUGCCCUAUCUGUGAUAGCUGUGAGUAUCUGGGGGUCUCCUAUCUGAGCAGCCAGGAGUUCCCAGACCCCCGGGAAGCCUGCAACCUGUGCACCUGCCUUGGAGGCUUUGUGACUUGCACCCGCCGGCCCUGUGAGCCUCCAGCCUGCAGCCACCCACUCAUGGAUGCCUGUACCACGGGAUCACCGCUGCCCUUGGAGAGACCCUUCCUGACCCUCUUGACCCAGCCUGCUCCCUCUGUACCUGUGAGGAAGGUUCUAUGCGCUGCCGAAAGAAGCCGUGUCCUCCGGCUCCCUGCACACAUCCUUCUCCAGGCCCCUGCUUCUGCCCCAUUUGUCGCAGUGAGCAUGGUUUGCCACUACCUUCUGUGUGCCUGGCACCUGUGCUCUUUCCCAUCUCCAUCUGUCAGGUCUGAGGUGGGGCAGGGUGGUACAGAGCCCCCUCCCACAGGAAGUGUGUCUCCCAUAGGCUGCCUCUCUCAGGGCCGGGAGCACCAAGAUGGGGAGGAGUUUGAGGGACCAGAGGGCAGCUGUGAGCGAUGCCGCUGUCUGGCUGGCCAGGUCAGCUGUAUGAGGCUUCAGUGCCCGCCUCUGCCCUGCUUGCUUCAGGUCACAGAACCAGGGACCUGUUGUCCUCGAUGCACAGGCUGCCUCACUCGUGGGGAGGAGCAUCCUGAAGGGAGCAGCUGGGUGCCAGCAGACAGCCCCUGCUCCUCCUGCCUGUGUCACAAGGGCAUCAUCACUUGUGCCCAAGUCCAGUGUGUCAGCGCCUGUGACUGGCCCCAGCAGGGGCCCAGCGACUGCUGUCCUCCAUGCUCUGGCUGUGAGCAUGAGGGCAGGAAGUAUGAGCCUGGGGAGAGCUUCCAGCCUGGGGCAGACCCGUGUGAAGUGUGCGUCUGCGAGCUGAAGCGUGAGGGGCCUCCCAGCCUUCACUGUCACCGGCGGCAGUGCCCCAGUCUGGUGGGCUGCCCACCAAGCCAGCUUCUUCCUCCAGGCCCCCAGCACUGCUGUCCUGCCUGUGCCCAGGCACUGAGUAACUGCACAGAGGACCUGCUGGGGUCUGAGCUGGUGCCACCGGACCCCUGCUACACCUGCCAGUGUCAGGAUAUGACAUGGCUCUGCAUUCGCCAGGCCUGUCCUGAGCUCAGCUGUCCCCUGUGGGAGCGCCACACAACCCCUGGCAGCUGCUGCCCUGUGUGUAAAGACCCUACCCAGUCAUGCAUGCAUCAGGGUCACUGGGUGGCCUCUGGAGAGCAGUGGGCAGUGGACGCCUGUAGCAGCUGCUCCUGUGUGGCUGGUACUGUGCACUGCCAGAGUCAGCGCUGCAGGAAGCUCGCAUGUGGCCGGGAUGAGGUCCCUGCCCUGAGUCCCGGCAGCUGCUGUCCCCGCUGUUUGCCCCGGCCGGCUUCCUGCAUGGCCUUCGGAGACCCCCAUUACCGCACCUUCGAUGGCCGCCUGCUGCACUUCCAGGGCAGCUGCAGCUACGUGCUGGCCAAGGACUGCCAUGGCGAGGACUUCAGUGUGCACGUGACUAAUGAUGACCGGGGCCGGAAGGGUGUGGCCUGGACCCAAGAGGUAGCAGUGCUCUUGCGAACCGUGGCUGUGAGGCUGAUGCAGGGCAGGACUGUCAUGGUGGACCAGCACACAGUGACUUUGCCCUUCCUCCGGGAGCCACUGCUGUACAUUGAGCUUCGUGGUCACACUGUGAUCCUGCAUGCCCAGCCUGGGCUUCAGGUGCUGUGGGACGGGCAAUCCCAGGUGGAGGUGAGAGUUCCCAGCUCCUACCGGGGCCAGACUUGUGGUCUCUGUGGGAACUUCAAUGGCUUUGCCCAGGAUGAUCUGCAGGGUCCGGAUGGGAGGCUCCUGCCCACAGAGGCUGCAUUUGGGAACAGCUGGAAGGUCCCAAAGGGGCUAGGGCCUGGCCGGCCGUGUUCUGCAGGCCGAGAGGUGAACCCGUGCCGGGCAGCAGGCUACCGUGCCAGGCGUGAGGCCAAUGCCCGAUGUGGGAUCCUGAAGACUUCACCAUUCAGCCACUGCCAUGCUGUGGUGCCACCAGAACCCUUCUUUGCUGCCUGUGUAUAUGACUUGUGUGCUUGUGGACUAGGCUCCUCAGCUGACACCUGUCUCUGUGAUGUCCUGGAAGCCUACACUAGCCACUGUCGCCAGGCAGGGGUGACUCCUGCCUGGAGGGGUCCUACACUCUGUGUGGUGGGCUGCCCUGUGGACCGUGGCUUUGUGUUUGCUGAGUGUGGACCACCUUGUCCUCGUACCUGUUUCAACCGGCACAUACCCCUAGGGGAGCUGGAAGCCUACUGUGUGAGGCCCUGUGUUCCAGGCUGCCAGUGUCCUGCAGGCCUGGUGGAACAUGAAGGCCACUGCAUCUCACCUGAGGCCUGCCCACCAGUCCUGCUUACUGGAGACUAGCCAGCUCACAUCCUGUCCCCUCCCAGUCAGGAGCAGCCCACGGUUCUACCCUGAGUUAAGAAUAUCCAUAUCCUGGAUUUCUCUGGCCAGAAGUUACCCCUUGGGAAGCAGUAGUAGAGACUGCCCUGCUCAGGCAACGGGAUCCUAGGCCUGUCCUCCAGGCAUCCACAGUAUCAAAACACAAGAAUAAACUCUACACUUGCCCAUGA